AUGCGGCCCCGCCCCCGCCUCCUGAUCGCGGCCCCGCCCCGGCUCUCUCGCGGCCUCGCCGCCGGCCCUGACGCGGCCCCGCACCGGCUCUCUAGCGGCCCCGCCCCGUCUCUCUCGCGGCCCCGCCCCGGCUCUCACCAGGCCCCACCGCCGGCUCAGACGCGGCCCCGCCCCGGCGCUCUUGUGGCCCCGUCCCGGCUCUCACGCGGCCCCGCCGCCGGCCCUCACAAGGCCCCGCUGCCGGCUCUCUUACGGCCCCGCCGCCGGCUCUCGUCCUUGUCCUCCCUCACUUUCACACUUGACUCCGGGGCUUCUCGCUCCUUCUUUCGAGACCGCACCACUCUCACGUCGCUUGGUCGGCCGGUUGCCGUCUCCCUGGUUGACCCCUCUGGGGGUCCUGUCCUCUCUCACUUCUCCACUGUCCUCCCGUGUCCGGCUGCCCCUUCGGGCACCCUGUCAGGACUGUACCUUCCCUCGUUCUCUACGAACUUGGUGAGUGGUGCGGACCUGCAGGAUGCGGGGGUUCACCAGUUCACUCCUGCGAGUCAGCGGGUGACCCACUGCACGGACGCACGCACAGGCCGGCACCUGGCCACGUUCUCACGUCGGCCGGGGUCGAGCCUCUACACCCUGACCACUGCGUCUCCUCCUGUCCAUGCGUCUGGUCAGGUAGCUGCGUCAGGUCAGGUGCUUGCUGCUGCGUCCCGGUCAGGACCUUCCUGUGUCCCCUGUGUCGAGGGUCGCCUCCGGGCUACUCCUCACUCCUCCCAGUCCCCCCCGACAGAGGCUCCUCUGCAGACGCUUCACAUGGAUGUGUGGGGCCCAGCCCCCGUCCGUGGGCAGGGUCAUGAGCGCUACUUCCUGUUGGUGGUUGACGACUACUCGCGGUACACCACAGUCCUCCCCUUGCGCAGCAAGGGUGCUGUCACUGAGGUGCUGAUCGACUGGAUCAGCGCGGCUCGUCUCCAGCUCAGGCAGAGCUUUGGCUCGGACUUCCCUGUUCUGCGUCUGCACUCGGACAGAGGCGGAGAGUUCUCCUCUCGCCUUCUGCGAGACUAG